CAACUCAUCAGUCUGUGAGCAAUGUCCGUGUUGAAGUGACGUUAUUAACUGUUGUUCGUUUUCUUUAUUUAGUUUGCGCCCCAAUAUUCCCAUCUGUGUGUGUCGUCUUUCAUUUUGAUGCCUUAUUAGCAAUCAAGUAACAAAAAUAUUUGUGCCUAUAAGCGAAAAAUAUUAGAAAUUGUGAUCCUUUAUCGAGAAUAUAUGGUUUGCGAUAAGUUUGGUUACUAGAUAUCGAAAGUAACCAACGAGUUCUGUGCAGUGAUUAUUUGGUGCGGUAGCUUUGGAAAAGGGAUGAUGUAAGCCUACCUCAUAUACAAACUUCUUAGAAAAAUUAAUUCAGAAGGAGUAGAAAAAGCAGUGAGUAAGAAAAGUGCCUUAAACAAAGAGAAAUCAUUUGUAGCAUAUUGUGCAAGAAUCACGGUGUAGUGCUGAAAAAUAAAACAUACUUCAAAGGAUUAAGCAGAAAUUCAGCAGCAAUGAUACAUGUAGGUGACAACACAUGGAACCUUCGGGUCUACAUUACAGACCUGCAGGUUGAAAAGACCUUGCGAGUCCGAGGCGACCUACACAUCGGUGGUGUUAUGCUGCGACUUGUCGACCCAGAAACUCCAAAGGAUUGGUCUGAUCACGCAUUAUGGUGGCCGGCAAGAAACAUGUGGUUGGCCAGAACCAAAUCCACCCUGGAUCAAGUCGGACUCCACGCCGACGCUCUGUUGCACUUCACGCCUAUGCACAAAACUCUCAGAGUACAGAUGCCAGAUCUGCGAUAUCUCGAUUGCCGCGUAGAUUACUCCACCAAAACCUUUGGAGCCGUUGUCGCCCUUUGCAAAGAUCUAGGUAUUCGAUAUCCAGAGGAACUAUCAUUGUGUAAACCAUUGGAACCAGCGCAUUUAAAGAAAAAUUUCGCGGAUUUGCCAAAGAAGAAAAUACCUAUCGAACAGAAUGGCAACGGUGGUGAUUUUGUACAAGUGGCGCCAGAUACCAACACAUUUAUCCCGACAACAGCAGCUACCUUUCACGGAAGCACAGGGAGUCUCGAUGGUCCCACAAAUAGUGGUCCGUUUUCUUGUGCACCAGUACAGCAUCCACAUUAUGCAACUAAUAAACCGGGACUUCAAAGUACACCAAUCAGUUCCCCAACCGGAACUUUAAAGCACAACUACACCAAUGGGCACACAUCUUUCAACGAAUCGUCAUCCAGUCUCGGAGACGCAAUCGAUAAUUUAGCUUACAGCCCAUGUGCACCUAGUCCGGAAGCUCGCUCACGCUUAGUCAAACCCAAAACGCUCGUCGAGCGAGCGCGCAUGAACGUAGGUUGGUUGGACUCGUCUUUGUCGAUUAUGGAACAAGGCAUUCGUGAAUUCGACACACUUUGCCUACGCUUCAAGUAUUAUACAUUUUUCGACCUCAAUCCCAAAUACGACCAAGUGCGCAUCAACCAACUGUACGAGCAAGCUAAAUGGCAGCUGUUGAAUGAAGAAAUUGAAUGCACGGAGGAGGAAAUACUGAUGUUCGGAGCACUUCAGUUCCAGGUAAAUUUGCAAAAUGAAGUGCCACAGCCGGAUUCGGGAAUUGACACAUCAAGCUUGGAUAAUGCAGCUGAUGAUGAUGUGGAUGCGGCAUUACGAGAAUUACAAAUCACGCUCGAGGGUCCAAGUAAUGGACAUAACGCGGGAGACAUCACACAUAUACCGGAGCUAACCGAUUACUUGCGGUUUUUAAAGCCAAAAAAAUUCACUCUGAAAGGAUACAAGCGUUACUGGUUUACUUACAAGGACUUACAUUUGCAUUUGUACAAAAGCAGAGACGACGCUCGAUCCAAUAAUUCGCCACAGGUUUCAAUCAAUCUGAGAGGAUGUGAAGUCACCCCGGAAGUCAAUCUAUCGCAAAAUAAGUUCAACAUCAAACUCGAAGUACCGCUGGAACAAAACUCCAACAGUGAGAUGUGGAUUCGUUGCGAUAACGAGGAGCAGUAUGCUAAAUGGAUGGCUGCAUGUCGUCUAGCGUCGAAAGGCCGUUCCCUAGCUGACAGUUCAUAUGACAGUGAGGUUUCCAGUAUUAAGUCGUUCUUAAGUAUGCAAAAACCCGCGCAGGCUCCAACCGUUGCGAUCAAUCCGAAUAAUAUCGAUCCCAGUGAAUACCUCUCGCCUAGAUAUGUGAAAAAGCUCAGAAAUAAAGCAGUUAUGAGAAUGUUGGAAGCUCAUGCCAAUGUUAAAGAUUCUUCUUUGAUCGACGCUAAGUUGAAGUACAUUCGGGCUUGGCAAAGUCUACCCGGAUUUGGAGUUACGCUAUUUGUGAUUAAAUUUGAUGGUCACAAGAAAGAGGAACUGCUGGGAGUGGCCAGUAAUCGAAUCAUGAAGAUGGAUAUCAACACGGGCGAUCACUUAAAAACAUGGCGUUAUAACACAAUGAAGGCAUGGAACGUCAACUGGGAGAUAAAAUGCAUGAUGAUUCAAUUCCAAGGCGAGAGUAUCGUAUUUUCUUCUUUGUCGGCUGACUGUAAGGUCAUACACGAAUUUAUCGGCGGCUAUAUCUUCAUGUCUAUGCGUUCAAAAGAGACAAAUCAAACACUGAACGAGGAGCUCUUUCACAAACUAACAGGCGGCUGGAACUAAAUAUUCCAAAUAAACGGGAACAGAUAAUUUACUAAUUUAAAAGUUUUAUGAUUGUUCUAAAACUAACCUGCAUGUAAAUAGUAUUUGUUUCAAACGUAAAUUUAUAAUUUAACAGAAAGGAAUGAAACUACGAAAAUGUAUAUCGUAGAUUUUACACAUAACAGUUGUGCUAGAAUAUUAUCAAGUUGCUUUCAUAGUUUGAAAUCGUACGACAAUUCGCACAGAACAUGAAUUCGUUAUUGUUAGGGUCGCAAAAGCGCACAUGUUAACAUGCAAUAAUUAGAAUAACUAAUGUUUUUUUAGAAUUGAACGCGCAAACUGAAAUGCCAAAAGUGUCUUUUACAGAUAACGGAAAAAUAAUACGCAUUGGUGUCGUUCAGGUUUAAUGUAUUUACGGCAUUACAAACUUACAAAUAAUAAAGCUGCUUCACGUUUUUUUUCUCCAAAAAAUAUUCCUCAAGAGAAUUUAUACAAUUUUCAUA